GAGGACAUCAAGAGGUUCUGCCACCAGCUGUCUCUGUAUCAACAUUCAUCACUGAGGAGAAUAUACGAGUAUUACAGAGAUGAUCUGAUCUACAUCCUGGAGAACUUGGACACGAAAGCUCUUCUCAGAGAACUAAAGUCUCGGAAUGUCUUAAACACAGAUAAAUACAGGUCAGUACAAGAAGGACUGGGGGUUUCUGCCUUCGCUCACACCUUGUUACAAGAUAUUCAGGAUCGGGGAAGAGAAGCUGUGAUUGGACUCUGGGAAUGUCUCUAUGCACUACAGGAAGAUCGUCCUCCUCCUAUUUUAUUGGCCGUUCUGCAAGAAAUCAGCCUGACAGGUGAGCAUCUGGUGGAGCAGAUUCUGCUGGAUGAACACGGUUGUUCACUGACUCCGGAGCUGAAAGAUAUUCAGAAAAAGCACAAACAACAUCUGAUGGAGAAGACUGAGACUCUAGUGGAGCAUAGACCCCCAAGAACUACCCUGGAACCACAAAUAUUC